CCAGUCUCUAGUUUUGUUUUGUUUAGUUGGCAGCCAUGGCUUUGGGAGCAAAGGAAGCAGCCUCCUCAUUCAUCUUAUCAGUUCCGAAAUUCCAUUCGUCGAACAAAUCUGUUGUUUCUUCUUCAAUUAGGUUUAGCAAAGUCUCUGCUGCAGCGCUGAAAUUCAAUCUCAAUUGCACCAAAACAAAACCUGGGUUUCUUCAAUUGCACUCAGCACUGCAGGUAAAUCUACAACAACAACAAGAAGACGAAGAAGAAGAAAAAAAAGAAGUUGGAAAAUGGGACAAUAGAAGAAAGCUAUUUGUGCUAAACUUGCCUUGGGCUUUCUCUGUUGUUGAUAUUAAGAAGCUUUUUGGUGAAUGUGGUGUUGUUGACGAUGUUGAGAUAAUAAAGCAGAAAGAUGGGAAGAGUAGAGGAUUUGCAUUUGUGACAAUGGCUACUGGGGAAGAGGCUCAGGCUGCUAUCCUCAAAUACGACUCUCAUGAAUUGAGUGAUAGGAUUAUCAGAGUAGAGUUUGCAAAGCAAUUCAAGAGACCAAUUCGCACUACUGAUAGUGUUGUAAGCAGCAGCAGUAUUCCAGCUGGAGAAACACGGCAUAAGCUGUAUGUGUCGAAUCUUGGAUGGAAAGUUAGGUCCACCGAUCUCCGUGAAUUCUUUUCUUCCAAAUUCAAACCCCUCUCAGUUAAAGUCGUUUUCGACAGUCCUUCUGGUAAAUCUGCUGGUUACGGUUUUGUUUCUUUCGCUACAAAAGAGGAAGCCGAUUCUGCUAUUUCUCAAUUAAAUGGAACGGAAUUGUUGGGAAGACCAGUCCGUUUGAAAGCCGCCAGCGAAAAGAACAUUAUUGGUACUUCUCAAACUAAACAAGAAAAGGAAAAAGAAGAAUCGAGCGAAAAGAGCAUCAUCGAUAAUUCUCAAAAUAAAGAAGAAGAAGAAUCAACUGAUAAGACUUCGAAUAAUCCAAGGAACAAUGCAUAAAGGAACAGAGAGUUUCAAAUGUUGGUGGCUGUAUAUUACUCUUAUUUUUUGGAAUUUCUAUCGCGUGUUGAUGUAUGUAACCAUGCCACUACAUACCUUCCAAAUUUCGUCGAUUUUCAAUUUCAUGUUUUUUUUUUUCUAAAAAACAUUUGCCUUGGAAUCGAAAGUUUAAAGUUUACAUAAAUUUUCACAAAUUUCAUUUUU